AUGAAGACAAUAUUAAUAUUUUGUGCAAUCAUCAAUGGAUACCUUGCGGUGAAGGAAGAUGCAGAAGGCUCCUGGAUUGAACAGGUGAUAGAGAAAAAGGUUAAGAACUUUGUCAUGAUGGCACAAAAGCAAUCUGAUGAUAAAAUCACCAGACUGGAGGAACAUAUUCGUAAACAGGACAAAUACAUCAAAGCUCUUCGACAAGAAAUGAAAAUACUUGCAGAAACGUUUUUUGUUAAGGAUAAGAAUCAUGACAACAUUCUGAAUACCUGGGCAAGUUUUAACAAUACAAAGUUUCAGAGUGAGCGAAAUCCGAAGGUAACCACAGAAGUAAAGCGACUUAUAAACAGUCAACCAGUGCUCUCGACUGACGUUGCAUUUACUGCUGUGAUGAGCAGUUGCAUACCACAUCCAAGUCUUGGCCACACCUUCAUCUUUGACCAAGUGAAAACAAACACUGGUUCAGGUUAUAACAAAUACAGUGGACACUUCAUGGCUCCACAGGAAGGCAUCUAUGUGUUUUCGUGGACAGUGGUAGCAGAUUACCAUAGUUACGUACGCUCUGAAAUUGUCAUUAAUGGCUCCCAGUUUUCCUAUAUUAUGACGGAUGGUCAAGAAAUCCAUGAUAUCCACACCGCUUCAGGCCUCAUCACGGCUUACCUUAACCAUGGAGAUGACGUCUACAUCCGCACACAUUCAUCUCUUCCUGGGGUUGGCAACGUUUGUAGCGGAGGGAUAUAUGGAUUCACUUCUUUUUCCGGAUGGAAAAUAUAA